UCUUUUUGCGGAUGGCGAUUUUAAUUUUAGUUUAUGCAGAAUCUAUUGUCCAAUUUAAUGUUUAAUAACAGCAUUUAGUUUGUACUUUCAAUCAAAUAGUAUUGGAAUUAAUAUAAACAAAUUGAGAAACCAGCUUUCUACUGCGCGAUAGCUACCAGAAGAAGCAAAGAUGCUUCCAGCAACUGGGCUGUUCCGCUCCAUCAAUUGCCCUUUUUUCGAAAAGGAUUCUUGUACCCGACCGUUUUGCCACUUUAGGCACUUAAAACCUGAAGCAACGCCAAAAGCUACUUACUGCGCCACACCGAAGAGUCUAUUGAAUCAAAAUAAUGCCGCUGAGGUAUCUCAGGAUGGACCGGCCAAGAAGAAGCCCAAAUUGGAAUAUAUACCGAUGCCGACCAUUCUGACAUCCAAAUAUGUUCCUAGUGCAAAAGCAAUAUGUUCUUCCGGCGAACAAAGUAAAGCCGAAGAAACUAAACCGGAUCAAAAAUCUGAUGAUGAAGUUAAGACUGGUGAUUCCUUGGUACGGGUCGAGCAGACUGAUAGUAUCGAAAAGGAACUGACAAAUGGGCAAAAUGGAAAAGAGCAGAAACAUGACGAUGAAAAAAAGACUCCUGCAAUUCCCAUAGUGAAAGAAUGCGGUAACAAAAAGGAAGAGCCAACUGCCUUAGAUGUUAAAUCGGCAAGUGUGGCAAGCGAAACGAAAAGAAAGGAUGCCGAUAAGAAUACCAGUACUGGUAAUUCGGUUCGCAAAUCUAACCAUGAGAGUAGUAAACAAAGGAAAAGUAGUAAAGAUGAAAAGGAACAUCGUAAGGACCGGAGCGACCGGAAAGAAUCCGAACGAAAGUCGAGUACAUCAGGUAGUAAUGAGCGUAAACAUUCGUCGUCAACCUCAUCUUCCUCACAUAGGGAUGGUAAGCACCGGUCUAGGUCUGACAAGGAGAAAGAUCGCGAAAAGGAUCGUAUGAGAUCCAAACACAAAGAUAGCUCUCGGGAUAAGGAAAAACGAUCGGACAAAGAGAAAGAGCGAACAAAAUCUUUGGACAAAGAUAAGGAUAAGGAUCGGGGAAAACCCACUGAUAAAGAUCGACACAGGUCAUCUCAAAAUUCUAGUAAAAGUUCAUCUAAAUCUAGUAGUAGGACACCAAUCUCAACCAGAAAACACUCCUCUUCGUCAAACAGCAAGGUAAAGCCUUCAGAAGCUGCUGUAGCUUCCUCUUCGUCCAAACCAAAAGUAGAACUAGCGGAUGAAAUUUACCGUGACCUGUUGGAUAACCCUCCAAGCGACAUCGACAUUGACAGCGAUGAAGAUGAAGUGAUGAGACAAUGCAGGAUGAUUUUCGAAGAAUACGAAGACGAGCCUGUUACUGCACCGGCUCCAGCAGUAGAGAAAGCACCGAAGAAAAAACCUGACCCAAAACCAGGCACCGAUGUCGAGCUUAUUGAUAUGUUUGCUGAAAAAUGCUACGACGAAAACCGGAAGAAACGAGUCGCUCACGAAAGUGGUUCAAAUGCAGUGCAAGCCGGUGUACAACCACCUCCGGCGAAAAGAAUCAACCAUGUCCAAAACGCGAUGAGGUCUGUAUAUCAUCGUCAGGAAAUUGUUCGUAGGCAGCAGGAGGAAUUAGCAACAAAACAACAAUUAGAGGAAGAAAACAAAAAACGAAUCGAAGAGGAAACACGCAAAGCAAUGAGCAAGUCCAUAACACCAAAGCUAAGUAACGGAUCACCUCGCUCGCCAGUAUUGAGUCCUACGCCCAUAAUGACCCCUCCUACAACAGAUAAAUCACCUGUUUCUCCUAUUAGCACAAAUAGUUUUUACAGCAAGCCACCGGAUUCCGUAGUUACCACAACACCAAGAAGUCGUUUCACACCAGCCGUUAACGUUCUAGCCUUUCAGAAGGCGAAGGAAAAAAUUGAACAACUGCGAAAAAUGAAAGGAAUAGGUACAACCGCACAAACCGUUCCCAAAGGUACCGGUCGAGUAGCUCACAUGGCCUCUGCAGUGGCAGCGCCAGUGGCUUCCACCUCGUCUGCUACUACUGCUGCUGCUCCACCUCCACCGCCAGCGAAACCUGUUCCACCGGUGCUGGAAGCAGACUCUACCAAAAUUUCCUACAACAUUCGGAUGCAAUUCUACAAUCUCAUGAUUAAGCAUAGUCUAAACAUCUACACAAGCUGCGAGGAUGCCUAUGAACGCGCACAAACCGAGGAGCUGGCCGUUGUCAAGAAAUGCAACACUCCAAUGAUCUACAAAAGCAGUGCCCUUUUGGCGAUUAACAAGCUGCGCAAGGAGGCUGUGGAAUCGGGAAGUGAAAGUGCGGAAAGGAAUAAAACAAUUUCCCACGAUGUCAUCCUGGCUGGUAAAAUGAGUCAUAAUAUAUCGUGGAGCGUGAACAAGAAAUUGAAAACGGACGUGAAGUCGACUUACACGAUUGAUAAUGCACCUUCAACGGUGGCAUACAAAAUGAUUUACGACUGCAUACUAACCGAAGAGCAACUAAAAGCUAACGGAUUUCCUCGGGCUACUGACACUCCAGGAAAGGCAAAGAUUUACACUCCCAAGCCCUCACGACCGCCGAACGAGGAUGAACGCUACUGUUCUCGAUGCUCUAAAGUUUACAACCUAGAAACAUAUGACGAACUCGCAGUUGAUUCAUGUAAUUAUCACGCUAAAAGCACGUGCUACAGGAGAGGGUUUGCAGAUAACAUGCACAGUUGCUGCCAACAGCCUGCUGGAACGGCAGGUUGCAUGUAUGGCAACUAUCACGUAAGUAGCUAUAUGAACUACGAUGAUCUCAAUGGAUUUGUGAAGACGAUUGAACCUGCGGAAGGAUACGUCCCAUCAAAAAAGGACAUUUAUGCACUGGAUUGCGAAAUGUGCUACACCACUGGUGGACUGGAGCUUACUCGAGUAACUGUAGUUGAUAUGAACGAGAAAACAGUAUAUGACUCCCUAGUGAAGCCUUCGAACAAAGUGAUUGAUUAUAAUACUAGGUUUUCGGGAAUCACGGAGCAAACACUGCAAAACACUACGACUACCCUGUACAACGUUCAAGCAGUUCUGUUGUCAAUGUUCAAUUCGGAAUCAAUUCUCAUCGGACAUAGCCUCGAAAGUGACUUCAAAGCACUUAAACUUAUUCACGAUAUCGUAGUGGACACAUCCGUUCUUUACCCGCACAAGAUGGGACCACCGAAAAAGCGUGCCUUGAAAACGCUCUGCAUUGAGAAUCUAAAGAAAAUCAUCCAAGAAAGCGAUCAUGGUCACGAUAGUGCGGAGGAUUCGGUUGUUUGCAUUCAGUUGAUCAAGCAUUAUCUGAGGAACCGUAUUAUUUGAUUUGUUGCGUAUUCAACCCGUUCUAAAAGUAUUCACACAAUGUACUACUGUUAUCUGAUCUAUUUAUUGCGUAUUACCUUGUUGUUUCCGCAUCAUGUUCCAUUCCUUGUUAUGGAAAUGGUCUAUACUCAUUCAGGCUGAAAUUAUCUUAAGUUGAACAAUUUUAGGUAGGCUGAGUACGUAUCUAGCAAUACUAUGAAAUCGGACAAAAAUAACGCAACAUGUUUUCUAUUCUUAGAAAAUUUAUUUAAUAAAAACGAACUUAUCAUAAUCUCAUA